CAAUAACGUUCUAGUUUCUUUCUUGAGGAAAUCUCGCGAUAACACAACGUUAUAUAUCCCCGCGGAACUUCUCACGGGUCUUCUUCCUGUAUUAACGAUCACCAAAUGGCGGACGACGCCGGUGGUAGAGGAGGUUUUCGCGGAGGUUUUGGCGCAGGUGGCCGCGGUCGGGGCCGCGGACGCGGGAGAGGCCGUGGCAGGGGCCGCGGUGCUCGGGGAGGCAAGUCCGAGGACAAGGAAUGGGUGCCGGUCACCAAGCUGGGCCGUCUUGUUAAGGACAUGAAGAUCAAGUCCCUGGAGGAGAUCUACCUGUACUCUCUACCCAUCAAGGAGUCUGAGAUCAUUGACUUCUUCCUGGGAUCUGGUCUGAAAGAUGAAGUGCUUAAGAUCAUGCCUGUCCAGAAGCAGACCAGGGCUGGUCAGCGCACCAGGUUCAAGGCCUUUGUUGCCAUUGGUGACUACAACGGCCACGUCGGUCUGGGGGUGAAGUGCUCCAAAGAGGUGGCCACAGCCAUCCGUGGAGCCAUCAUCCUGGCCAAGCUGUCAAUCGUUCCCGUCAGGAGAGGUUAUUGGGGUAACAAGAUCGGAAAGCCCCACACCGUGCCCUGCAAGGUGACUGGUCGUUGCGGUUCUGUCCUGGUGCGUCUCAUCCCUGCCCCCCGUGGUACUGGCAUUGUGUCUGCCCCUGUGCCCAAGAAGCUGCUCAUGAUGGCGGGUAUCGAUGACUGCUACACCUCUGCCAGGGGCUGCACUGCCACCCUUGGCAACUUUGCCAAGGCCACCUUUGAUGCCAUCUCCAAGACUUACAGCUACCUGACCCCUGAUCUGUGGAAGGAGACGGUCUUCACAAAGUCUCCUUACCAGGAGUUCACUGACCAUCUGGCCAAGACUCACACCAGGGUGUCUGUGCAGAGAGGACAGGCUGUUCAGGCAGCUGCCUCCUAAAUUUUUUUAUACAGAGAACUGCUGAAUAAAAGUUCUGAAACAUCA